AUGGCUGCAAAUUGUUUCUACAUUCAUUCGACUACAAUGGGUAGCUCAGACAAUUGCGAUGCUUACCGAGCCAUUGAACUCGAAGGUGAUUACUAUACAGAUGUGAACGGUUAUCAAGUGCCCCAGAAUAUUCGUCAUCGGUUUCGUUCGACUAUCACUUCUGAACUUCUCGCAGAUCGAGAUAAAGUUGAACGAGAUAAAGACGAAUUAUUGUAUGCGAAUGUGAAACAAAGACCUCCUGCUUAUCAACAACGGCAACCAGAGCAACCGAAAACAACCGAUCCUGAUUAUGCUACGCUAAGCAAUGAUCUACGCAGUACUGUUUGUCGCGGUAUUCCUGUUCAACGCCGUAGUCACACGAAAACAGUUCACAACGAAGAUAUAUUUAAAGAGUAUUUUCAAGAUGAUCAUCAACCGAGUGUACAUCGUCGAAGAAAAGAUUGGCUUGGCCGAUGGACAGAAGCGAACAUCGUCCGUGAUCGUCUAUAUAAAAGUAUUCUUGAAUCGAAAAAGAAAAUGACAGAAUAG